CUUGUGAGACCUGUUUGAUAUCCCCAGGGUUAAAAAGCCCUUAGUUUUGUUUAGACAUAAUCCAUACUCAAUGGAAGUACGGUCUCUCGUCAAAAGUGGUUCCAUUUUGGAUAGAAACUGGGCUUGUUCGACAGUGCAUGCAACUGCUGAAUAACUGAUUUUCAAAUAACCUUGUAUCAUAAAUAACUAGCAAGGCCUAAUUAAUAUUUAUAGGUCAGUCGUCACAAUUUACCCACAAAGCAUCAUGGAUGUGAUGCCAUAGAGAUAGAUGAAGGACUCUAGUGCUCUAAAGCUUGUGUUAGUAUGGGCAGCAGCAUUGAGGACUUUCACCAUUUUGUUGUAAUCAACUGGGUGGGAUUUCCUAUGGGUUAAGAAAGGAUCACAUGAUGUCAUCAGGAUGGAUCAGAUAAUGAAUUAUAUGCAUGUGGAAACAUUCCAUAACUGCAGGUGGCAGUAAAUCACCAACCUUGACUUUAUACCUGUUCAAAGUGUGCAAUUUUUCAGUUUGUUUGCCAACCACUGAUAUAUAAUAAGAACUGGAGAUUGUGUCCAAUAUGUUCGACCGUUGUUUUCAAGUUAAUCUACUCAUGAUAAUGAAUUAUACCUCGGUCCGUUCAUGGACUGUCUAUAUCUGGGUUGCAUCCGGUUCACAUGCGCACUAGCACUCAGUAUGCACAGAGAGCAGAAUCUACGUCAUCCAAAAACAUGGCAGACAUUGGAUGAAUAUAAAAUCUUGCAGAUUGUUCUACCAGGAUGAGAUCCAUUGUGUCUUUUUACUUCUGCUACCUGCUGUGCCUGUGCCUGGGGAUCGCCUGUGUGGUGUUUGUGUCCAUCUGGAACUCCCAGUGGCGUGGUGGCUUUGCCUGGGAUGGCUCGGCUCUUCAGUUUAACUGGCACCCUGUCCUGAUGGUCACAGGUCUGGUCGUGCUCUACGGCAAUGGAGCGGUGCUGUACCGCAUUCCCCUCACAUGGGGGCAGAAUAAGCUGCCCUGGAAACUGCUGCAUGCUGGUGUCAUGCUCCUGGCCCUGCUCUGCUCCAUCCUUGGCCUCUGUGCUGUGUUUGACUUCCACCACACCAACAGCACUCCCAACCUCUACUCCUUGCACAGCUGGAUUGGCAUUUGCACUACAGCACUCUUCACCACUCAGUGGGUGAUGGGCCUUGCUGGCUUCCUCCUACCCUGCUCACCCAUGUCAUUCCGCAAGCUGCUUAAGCCUGCCCAUGUGUGGAUGGGAGGCUGCAUACUGAUACUCAGCAUUGUAUCCUGCAUUUCAGGGAUCAACGAGAAGCUCUUCUUUGCACUGAAAGGAACCACCAAUGGAACAAUGCCAUAUGGCAACCUACCACCUGAGGCAUUGGUCGCCAACUCGUUAGGAGUCUUGAUUGUAGCCUUUGGAUUGGUCGUCCUGAAGAUUCUGUCCAAUCAGAAAUGGCAGCGACCAGAGCCUCGAAGUGAAGACCUGGGCUACAGUCCACUGCUUCAAGACGACAGCUAAUAGAAGAGAUGAGGAGACUUCAAACCCGCUCUCAGCUAACCAUACUACGCAAGCUAUCCACAAAUGUUAUCUUCCCCUGCUGGGUCCAAAGUUGCCUUAAGCAAAUAAUGAGAUGUUGAAUGUCCUAGGACCAGGGCCAACCCUGGGCAUAAGGGCCCCUGGCCACUUGGGGGUCUGAACUUACUGUUGAAAACACACUAGGUACAAUUUUAAAAUGUGUUAUUGCAUCAGCAGUUUUCUCUUAUAUCAGACACGGACAGUCACUGAAUUAGCCAAUGUCAGCUAAAACUGUUUUGAUUGGUAAGUUAGUCUAGCCAGCUAUCUAAACAUUGUAGUAAUCAUGGCCAAAUUACUGACUCGGCAUGCAGGGCACAUGCCAAGGGGCCAUGAACUCCAUGGCGCUUACAUGGAUUUUGUUAGUCAUUCUCACUCAGAUAUCAUAUUGAAGUGAUACUUCGGGAUUUCGGCAAUGAGACCCUUUAUCUACUUCUCCAGAGUCAGAUGAACGUGUGGAUACCAUUUUUAUGGUUCUGUGUCCAGUAUGAGGCAGGCUAGAGGUAGUUUCGCAAGCCAAUGCUAACUAGCGUUACCCAUAAACUUCCAGUUAUUGUGCUAUCUGCUGGCAUGCUAGCAGAUACCAAUAGGCCACCAGUCAUUGCGCUAACGCUAGUUAGACAUUGCAAUAGCGCUAGUUAGCAACUUCCUUCAAGCCGCACACAGAGACAUUAAAACGGUGUCAAGAAGUUCAUCUGACUCUGGGGAAGUCGAUAAAGGGCCUCGGUGUCAAAAUCCCAAAGUGUCCCUUUAACAUGGCAUAAGUCAGGGCAAAAUGUGUAAAAUUGCUGAAAAUCAGCUGGUAAACUGCAAAUGUUUCUCUCUGUCCCAUGGCAAAAUUAGUAGAAUUGCAUGAAAUUUACUUUCAAACUUAAAAAUGUUUCUCUCCGCUGUCAAGAUGGGACUACGGUAAUCUUUUGGCUGCGAGGUGGAGCUCCCCCCAAGCAAAUCUUGCUUAGGGCCCCCAAAAGGCUAGUGCUGGCCCUGGUCAUGACAGUGUUGUCAGCAAUAAUAUGUGUCCCAUCAAGAUAUACGUUUUAUAAAUGUAUUAAAUAGUAGAUUUUACAUCGCUGCCUUAUUUUUUUAUGAAUAAAAUAAUGAAUAAAGUAUGAUAUACUCAAAGAUAACACGGUAUUUCAGCAGUUCUUUGUGACUGCCAUUCCUGUUGUGCAUGCAAUUUAGGCUGUGGCCUCAUCAUUAAAGCUACAGUCUGGGA